UUUUUUUUCUUCUUUACCUUUUUUCAGCUCUUUUUCUUCCCUCAAUACAACCGCUCUCCACUCCUCUUUGUUUGUUAUCUACAUUUCUUUUUUUUCUCUUUGUUCUUCCACGACAAAAAAAAAGGUCCUGCAGAUUAAUCGUUCCGUCAGAUCCAAUUAUUUCAUCAUCUCUUCUUCAUCUCAUCAACUUGCACGGAUAUUCGUACAGUUACCUGCUGUCUGUGCCAAUUGAAUUAUCUAUCAAUCAAUCAAGAAAAAAAAAAAAAUCGCCAUCGCUUCUAUCUUAGCAGUCCUACAGCCACACUUUAUAUUUUUUUCUCCGACACGCGCAAUCAUCAAGCCCUAUCGAAGAUCAACUAAAAAAAAAAAAUCAAAAAUCAAAAAUCAAACUAAACCCGAUUAAGAAAAGAAAAACAACAUGUCUAUCCUUCGUCACGUCGCCGCCACUUCUUUGGCCCGCUCUAUGCAAUCGGUCGCUCGUCCUACGCUCGUUCGCUCUGCAAUCAAGGCUACUACCCCUUAUCGUAGCCUCGCCACCGUUGCAGACACGGCAACGCCUGCGGCCCUCAAGUUCAAGUCAGGACAUGUCUUUACAGGCACUUCCUUUGGUGCUCAAAACUCGAGCUUUGGUGAAGCUGUAUUCACGACUUCUCUGGUUGGUUACCCCGAGUCUAUGACCGAUCCCUCUUACCGUGGACAAAUCCUUGUGUUCACUCAACCUUUGAUUGGCAAUUAUGGUGUUCCUUCGCAGGAGAAGGAUCAAUUUGGAUUGCUCAAAUACUUUGAGUCUAACAAGAUCCAAUGUCAGGGUAUUGUGGUCAAUGAUUAUGCGACCCAAUAUUCCCACUGGACAGCCGUAGAGUCCUUGGGCGAAUGGUGUGCACGCGAGGGUAUUCCUGCCAUUUCAGGAGUUGACACUCGUGCCAUCGUUCACGUGCUCCGUGACCAGGGCUCCACCCUUGCUAAGAUUGAGAUCGGCGACGAAGUUCUUGAGAAUAAGCAGGUGGUUGAAUUCCCCAAUCCUAAUUUGCGUAACCUGGUUUCUGAGGCUAGUACCAAGGAAGUCUAUGAACUCAACCCAAUGGGCGAUAUCAAGAUCGCAGUGAUCGACUGUGGAGUCAAAGAGAACAUUCUUCGCUGCUUGGUUUCGCGUGGUGCGGCUGUGACGGUGUUUCCUUGGAACUACGACUUUAACAAGGUCCUUGACCAGUAUGAUGGACUCUUCAUCUCCAAUGGACCCGGCGAUCCACGUGCUGCCAUGACCACUGUCCAGAACUUGGCGACUGCGUUCAAGAAUCCCAAUCCCAAGCCUAUUUUUGGAAUUUGCAUGGGUAAUCAGCUUAUGGGUAUGGCAGCUGGCUUGGAUGUAUACAAGCUGCAGUUUGGCAAUCGUGGCCACAAUCAGCCUGCAAUCAAUAUGAAGAACGGCCGUUGCAGCAUCACUUCUCAGAACCACGGAUAUGCUUUGGAGGAUUCAGUCUUGGCUCCAGGAAAGACCUUGAAUGGUUGGGAAAAGUACUUUGUUAACGCCAAUGACGGCUCAAACGAGGGUAUUCGCCAUACAGUUAAGCCCUUCUCCUCAGUCCAGUUCCAUCCUGAAGCUAAGGGAGGUCCACAAGACACUGAGUACCUGUUCGAUGAAUUUUUGAACCUGGCUCGUGCAGAGAAGACCAAGAAUAAUGCCAAGCCUUUCUUUGAGACUGCUGAGCCUUUGACCAAGGAGGUUCUUAACAAGCCCAUUGAGAUUGUUGCCUAA